AUAUAUCUUGCCGUAUAUUCGGACCGGUUUGUACGAGAUCGCACAUAAAAGCACUGUCACAUCGUAAACAUCUUCACACUUGUCUCUUGAGUUUUGGAGACAUUUGAGGCGUCAGGAUGUCUGCUUUGAGCAAAACGGACCCCACAUCAUACUCGAACCCUACAGAAUGCUUGGUGGAGCACAUACAUCUGGACCUCAAGAUCAACUUUGACAGACACACCCUGUCAGGAUCUGCAGUCCUUUCUAUAAAAAAGAUCAAUCCAGAAACUGACCUGAUUCUAGACACUAGGGACCUUACUAUAUUUUCAAUAAAGAACAAUGAGUCAAAGGAGCCACUCGAGUAUACACUGAAUGAACCAGACGGUUGUUUUGGGUCAAAACUCACUAUACAGCUUCCAGAAUUAGAAUUUUUCAGCAUGGAGGUGCUUAUUGAGUAUGAAACAAAGGAGAACUGCACUGCCUUACAAUGGCUUCCUGCAAGACUCACGAAAGGAAAGCGACACCCCUAUCUCUACAGCCAAUGUCAGGCCAUACAUUGUCGAAGUAUCAUACCUCUUCAAGAUACCCCAUGCGUGAAAUGUCCAUUCACUGCAAAGGUGACUGCCCCGUCUGACCUGAAAGUGCUAAUGAGCGCACUACAUGAGGAUAUCAAUGAGGUGGAGGGGGACCCAGCCUGGUCAGAGUUCAACUUCCGCCAGAAGAUCCCAAUGCCAAGCUGCCUUAUGUCCAUAGUGUGCGGAGACAUCACAUAUAGGGAUGUUGGUCCACGCACAAGGGUCUGGGCAGAGCCAGAGUUAGUGGAGCAGGCAGCCUGGGAGUUUGCAGAGACAGAGAACAUGCUACAGGUGGCUGAGGAGCUGAUGGGUCCCUAUGUGUGGGGCCAGUACGACCUCGUGGUGCUGCCCCCUAGCUUCCCUUUCGGGGGCAUGGAGAAUCCAUGCAUCACCUUUGUCACACCCACACUGAUUGCAGGUGAUCGCUCCCUGGCAGACGUCGUAGCACACGAGAUCGCUCACAGCUGGACGGGAAAUCUGGUCACAAACAAAAACCCAAACCACUUCUGGUUAAAUGAAGGCAACACAAUGUUUUUUGAACGGAAGAUUGAUGGGGUGUUACGGGGCGGUGAGAAACUUCGCCAGUUCAAGUCACUCACGGGAUGGAAUGAACUUCAGACAGCAGUGGACAGCCUGGGGGCAGACAACCCAUACACACGGCUGGUGCUGGACAUGAAGGGGGUGGACCCUGACGAUGCUUUCUCCUCUAUACCAUAUGAAAAGGGACAUGCACUUCUCUUCUAUCUAGAGCAGCUCUUAGGAGGGCCAGAGGUUUUCGAGCCGUUCCUGCGAGAGUACAUAAAGCAUUUCCGAUUCCAAUCUAUCACAACAGCUGACUGGAAGGAAUUCCUACUAGAAUAUUUUGCCAAUGAGGUGAAGGAGGGCAAGCUGGAUGAGGUUGACUGGGAUGCCUGGCUGUACGGACUGGGAAUGCCUCCUGUCAAACCGCACUAUGACCAGUCCCUGGGUGAAGACGUUGAUCACCUGAUCAAGCGCUGGCUUGAAUGCACAAAUGACGAGGUUGACAGCUUCUACACAGUGGACAUCGUGGACUUUGUACCCGUACAGAUGAUGCACUUCCUGGAUGAACUCAGAAAGAAGGAGCGGCUGUCCCAGGUGAAGGUACAGAAGAUGGGAGAGGUCUACCUGCUUAACUCUGUCAAGAACUUUGAAGUACGCUGGAGGUGGAUUCGUCUCGCCAUCUACUGCCAGUAUAAGGAGAUUGUUGAGAUGGCCUUGGAGUUUGUUGCUAAGAUAGGACGCCUUCACUUCAUUGCCCCCCUAUACAAGGAUCUGUACAACUGGGAGUUCAGUCGAGAUCGGGCCCUGAAGACAUUCCAAGAGACCAGGGACAACAUGCACUACAUCUCUGUCCUCUCUGUAGAGAGGGAGCUGGAACUCGAUUCCAAAUAGGCGUCCGUUAACAGAUUAGAUUAUUUAAUCAAUUUUUAAACUGUGCAUUUUGUGUUGUUGCUAUAAAUGCUGAAAUGUUUUAUUAGCUCAGCUGUUUUCAGAGAAAACCCGAGGUAUUGUCAUAGCCAGCUCAUCGUCCGCCGUAGGCGUCGUGCUAAAACCUUAACAUUGGCUCUAAAAUCAAAGUGCUUCCACCUAUAACUUUGAAACUUCAUAUGUAGAUGCACCUUGAUGGGUUCUACACGCCACACCCAAUUUUGGGUCACUAGGUCAAAGGUCAAGGUCACUGUGACCUCUAAAAAAAAAAAAAUCUGACAAGCUUUCGCAGCCGAGCGUUGGCACCCAUUAUGCGGUGCUCUUGUUUUAAUCUUUGUCCCCUACCAGUAACACAGCUAGGAUAUUACCGAUAAAUCAAUGUUGACAUUGGGCAUUCUGUGUUGUUGCUAUAAAUGCUGAAAGUGUGUAGUUUGUGUGAGUUUUACCAAUCAAAUAUUGAGAGACAUAUUUUAGGAAUUCACUUACAAUCAUAAAUUAUUGACAAAACUGCAAUUCAUUCUGAAAGAAGUGGACAUUGAAAAAUAAUUUAACAAAGAAAUUGCCUUUUUGCAUUUUCAACAAAAAAAACUAACUGUGAUGUUUUGACUUUCAUAUUAAUUUUUAUGAAAACAUUGACAUUUAACAUGAAAAUUAGAAAAUGCGUUCAAAACCUCAACAUAUUUCUUAAUUGUCUUAAAAGAAUAUUAUAUAUUGUAUUAUCUAUUCAAAAGAAGACAAACUGAAGCAGCCCUUAUUAAAAACAAACAUGAAACAUGAUACAAAAAGUUUCAUAGAAUAAUUUCAACCAAUGCUUUCUAAGGAUAUCCUCUCUGAAUACAUGUUAUCUUAUAUGUCGGUGCCCACACUCUCAACAAUAGUUAUUUUUAUGAUAAAAAGGUCAAACAAAACUUUUAAACAAUUAAAAUGUUGGGAACUAUUUUAUUAUACAUUCAACAUGUUUUAAAAUGUUACAUUAUUUUUAUGCCCCCCUUCUAAGAAGAGAGGUAUGUUGUUUUGCUGGAUCUCAGUAGGUCGGUCAGUCUGUCUGUCAGUAGACAAGUUUGUUUCUGAUUAAUAACUCAUCAACAAAUUGACAGAUUCGCUUGAUACUUCACAUAUGCAUUGGCCUUGGACAGUAGAUGUCUAGAUGACCCCUUUUGAAAUUGGUUUCACUAGGUCAAAGGUCAAGGUCAGUGUCAGAAUAAUUGUCAAAAUCUUUUCCAAUCAAUAACUCGUCAACAAAUUGACCGAUUGGCUUAGUACUUCACAUGUGCAUUUUCAUUGGACAGAAGAUGACCCCUAUUCUCAACCCAUUUACUAUAACAAUGAUUUAACAGAAUUGCAUAAUUCUGUGUCAACUAAAAACUUAUUUAAGUGGCUAAGUCACACUAAAAUGAUAAGAUAAACUCUUAUGGUCAGUUUUGUUGCAUUAAAUCCUGUGUCAAGGCCCUGUUUUGGGAGAAGGGGGGGGGGGGGCAUUUGUCUCCGAAGGUGGAGCUCUUGUUAAAGAACUUAUAUAUAUGUGGUUGAAUAAAUCAGUGCAUGCGCAUGUGUGUGUAUUGUUUUGUUUUUUAUGCUCCCCUAAAAAAAAAUUGGGGGGAGCAUAUAGUCGCCGCUUCGUCCGUCUGUGUGUCCGUCCAUCCGUGCACAAUUUUUGUCCGGGCUGUUUUCUCAGCAAUUAAUGACCGGAAUUCAAUUAAACUUUAUGGGAAGCUUCACUACCAAGAAGAGAUGUGCAUAUUAUCAGCCGGUUUUUGGUCGGAUGAUUUUUCACAGAGUUAUGGCCCUUUGAAAUUUUCCAUUAACUGUACAUAUAGUGCAAUUCUUGUCCCUCCAAAUACUAGACAUUUCCUUUUAUCUAAAUAUAUAUAGCAAUAUUGUGACAAAAAAAACCUUUGGGGAGCAUCACCCGUCUCCGACGUUUUCUUGUUUACAAAAAGAUUUUAUUCUGACAAUAUUCGUUGUGUGUGUGUCGCCUAUUAUGAAUGAUGAACUGUUAUAUAUUUUAUAUACAUAUUCACCACUCAAGACAAUUCUGAACGAGUGUGCAAUAUAUGUUUUAAUGUUUGAAAAUAUUAAUGGUGUCAAUAUAAAUUUCAAAAAAUGGUAAAAUAAAUGAGAAAAAAAUG